GUUCCAUUUGUGAUCAGAGAAACAUUGACAAUGCUGACUUUGAUUUCUUUCUUCUUGACCCUGAAGCUUCUUAUGCUCCAGUGCAAUUUUGGUAUACCAAGGUGUUUGUACUCAUGGACAGACAAUGUAUACCAGGAUGGAGACAUGGUGAUCAGUGCCUUCUUACCCUUUUAUGGCUAUCAAACCUCUCCAAACUCUGAAGGAUCAGAGAGCACACACAUUUCUCUAUGGAUCAAUUCUAACAACUACCAAUAUGCAAUAGCCUUGAUUUUUGCCAUUGAGGAGAUCAACAGGAACCCCCUUCUUUUACCUAAUGUAUCCCUGGGAUAUGAUAUCUACACUGCUGGGCCACAGGAUCAAGAUAGUUCUUGGAAUAUUCUCUUUUGGCUCACAGGCAAGGACAAAUUCAUCCCAAACUACACCUGCAGAAGAGAGGAAAAAUCUGUGGCUGCCAUCACAGGACCAACAUGGGACAUUUCUUCCCUAUAUGGCACAUUUCUGGGACUUUAUAGAUAUCCACUGCUGACCUUUGGACCAUUUGAACCAAAUUUGAAUGACCCUGGGAAGUUUCCUUCUGUGUAUCAGAUGGCCACCAAGGACUCAUCUCUGGCCUUAGGCAUGGUAUCAUUGAUGGUCCAUUUCAGAUGGAACUGGGUGGGGCUGGUCAUCUCAGAAGAGAAAGAUGUUCAGUUUCUCUCAGAAAUAGUACGAGAGAUGGAAAGAAACAGUGUCUGUGUAGCCUUCACUGAAAUGAUCCCAGACAACCAUUUUUUGAUGAAAGAAGUUGAUGUCUAUGAUAGCCAGAUUAUGAUGAACUCAGCAAAAAUUAUUAUUAUUUAUGGUGACACUGACUCAGGUUUAGGUGUCUUCUUCAGAAGAUGGGAACAUGUUCUCCCAUGGAGAAUCUGGGUCACCACUUCACAAUGGGAAGUCACUACUUCUAUGCAACAUUUCAUUCUUGACUCAUUCCAUGGGACUCUUAUCUUUUCACAACACCAUGGUGAGAUUUCCACUUUUAAAGAUUUUGUAAAGACAGUCACCCCUUCCAAAUACCCAGAAGAUAUUUUUCUUGCAAGAUUGUGGGAGAAAUAUUUUAAUUGUGCACUCUCUGAUACUUCCUGUAAACCAGUAGAAAAUUGCUCAUCUAGGGGUUCCUUGGAAUGGUUACCUUGGUACCACUUUGACACUGCCAUGAGUGAUGGCAGCUACCAUGUAUACAAUGCUGUGUAUAUUCUGGCCCACACCCUCCAUAAGAUGCUUGUGCAACAAGUAGAUAUGCAAGCAAUGAAAAUUGGAGGAAGAAUAAAAUAUCCCCACUGGAAGCUGAACCACAUCCUGAAGAACAUUCAAUUCAUUAAUCCUGCUGGAGAUUCAGUAACCUUAAAUCCUUCAGAAAAAUUAUAUGUCGAGUAUGACAUUUUGAACUUCUGGAAUUUUCCUCAAGGUCUUGGAUAUAAAGUAAAAGUAGGAACAUUUUCCCCAUAUCUUCCACCUGGUCAGCAAUUGUCAUUGUUGGAGGACAGGAUAGAAUGGAGCACAGGAGAUCAAGAGACUCCAAUCUCUGUAUGCAGUGAAAAUUGUGGUCCUGGAUUCAGGAAAUCUCUUCAGGAGGGCAAGGCAAUCUGCUGUUUUGAUUGCAGCCCCUGCCCAAAUAAUGAAAUUUCUAAUGGAACAGAUAUUGAUCAGUGUGUGAAGUGUCCAGAUGAUCAGUAUGCCAACACAGAGCGAACACACUGCCUCCAAAAAUCUGUGACAUUUCUGUCAUAUGAAAACCCUUUGGGGAUGGCACUGGCUGGCAUGGCCCUGUGUUUGUGUAUGCUCACAAUUCUUAUCCUUGGGAUUUUUGUGAAGCACCAAAAUACUCCUGUUGUAAAGGCCAAUAACAGUACACUCAGCUACACCCUGCUCAUCUCCCUCACCUUCUCUUUUCUUUGCUCCUUGCUCUUCAUUGGUCAACCCAACACAGCCACCUGCAUCCUGCAACAGAUCACAUUUGGAAUAGUGUUCACAGUGGCUGUGUCUACUGUCUUAGCCAAAACCAUCACUGUGGUCUUGGCUUUCAAGAUCACUACACCAGGAAGAUGGAUGAGGGGAUUGCUUAAAUCAGGGGCACUCAAAUUUAUCAUUCCCAUAUGUACAUUUACACAAAUUAUCUUCUGUGGAAUCUGGCUUGGAACAUCUCCUCCCUUUGUAGACACAGAUGCACAUUCUGAACAUGGUCAGAUCAUCUUAAUGUGCAAUAAGGGCUCAGUCACAGCCUUCUACUGUGUCCUGGGGUACCUUGGGGCCCUGUCCAUGGGGAGCUUCACAGUAGCUUUUUUGGCCAGGAACCUGCCAGACAUCUUCAAUGAAGCCAAAUAUCUGACAUUCAGUAUGCUGGUGUUCUGCAGUGUCUGGGUCACCUUCCUCCCUGUCUACCACAGUACUAAGGGGAAGAUAAUGGUAGCUGUGGAGGUCUCCUCCAUCUUGGCUUCCAGUGCAGGGCUCCUAGGUUGUAUCUUCAUCCCUAAGUGUUAUAUUAUUCUUAUGAGACCUGAUAAGAACUCAUUAAAGGCUAUGAGAGAUAAAGCCAGCUAUAACUUAUAUGUGGCUUCCAGAUAA